AUGGCCAGUGCGCCCCCCCCUUCAUUGCUCCACAUUACGUGGGAGUGUUGUGGAGCGUUUGGGGCUGAUGACUGGAAUUUAAACAUUUAUUUCAAUUGCACGGAUUCUAACCCGAGUCGAGAGAAGUGCGGAGUGCCCUUUUCCUGUUGCACCAAAGACCCAGCGGAAGAUGUCAUCAACACACAGUGUGGAUAUGAUAUUCGAGCCAAAACUGAUGCUGAGCAGAGGACCUUCAUCUAUAUCAAAGGCUGUGUGCCUCAGUUUGAGAAGUGGCUUCAGGACAACUUGACCGUGGUGGCAGGGAUCUUUAUUGGAAUAGCAUUAUUGCAGAUAUUUGGGAUCUGUUUAGCGCAAAACCUUGUCAGUGACAUUGAAGCUGUCCGGGAAAGUUGUUUGUUUACCUGAAGCUGCAGUGGAUUUCCAGAGGCAUGAAGAAUGCAUACGGACACUUCACUUUGGAUUCCAGCAAGAAAGGGACUCAAGUGAUUGAAUGCGUCCAAAAACAGAAUUGUUUACAGGUACACAACAAUGAGGAGUUUAACAUGAAGAAACGGGGUGGACAAUAUAUCAGUAUUAGAGCAAAACCUGGAGAGAGCGAUUUUUUUUUGCUCAAACAAGUGGUGAGCCUCCAACAUGUCUUGAGUGAGGAGUAUGUGGACCUCCAAAGUCACAGUGAAGUGUAAAGAAGACGUAGAUAGCUUUAGGUGCUAAUAAGGCCAUAGGUAAAAGUCAUUAGUGUACAUGAAUCAAAUUGUGAUCUUAUUGUGCCAUAUCGCCACACAUAAAUCAGAUUUGGCAAUUGAAGUUAAAGGUGCACUAUGUAACUUUUUGGUUGAGGGUUGUUUCAAUGGAGAUGUCAUUGCUCUGCCAGCUGUACACAGCUGUAACUUUAUAUGCAUUAAUUUACAGGUGGUUUUACUGCUCAAAAAUACCUAGAAAAACUGGAAUUCUGACUGUGAGUGGGGUUGCCUCUCCGCAGAUCUGACCUGUAACAUGGUGUAGUUUGGUUUCCAUGAAGAUAGAAUGGAUUAAUGCCAUACUGUGAAACAUUUCAGACAAUGCAAUAACAUCUCCAUGGUGAAAAGCAUUUGAUGGACCUCCCACCAGAAAAGUUACACAGUGCACCUUUAAGCCAACUCAGACUCUUUGCCAUGAUGAAGGAAUUAUACUUUAUAAAAUGUAUUGAAUUGUAAUGUUUUUAUGCUUUAUUGUUGAUACACAACAGCAGUUUUGAGUACUGCAUGUAGGGGUUGUGUAGGGAGAAAUAGUGGUUCUGACAGUGCACUGCAUGCCUGUGGUCUUAGCGAGGACUUUGGCUUUACUGUAUUUUUCUUCUUUAAGUAGGAUGAAUGGGCUUGUCUGCAAUCUGUGGGAGAGCCUAUUUACAAAUUGUGUAAAAUAAUUUAUCAAAAUAUUAUAAACAACUUAACUAAGGAUUAAAUGCACUUUAUUUUCAUGUAGAAGACAACAAAAUUGUUCUAGUCACUGACAGUUUUACAGAUAGCCACUGGGGGGAGGAGUUUCAAAAUUUUCAAAGUAGCCUUGAGCUACUGUUCUGUAUUGCCCCAUGGUCUCCUUCAAAAAGGGUUUCAGUAUCUGCAUUUAUAUUUGCACACUGUUCACUAUUGUUCAUUGUCAGUAUAUGUUAUAGCUCCUUUAUAUAUUUUCAUGUGGGCAAACAGUGAAGAUGAUUUCAGUACUUAAGAGUGCGCCCACCUUAUUAAUCAUAUUAGGUGUGCUUCACAAGGCUACGCUACCAAAAAGGGUAUGUUCCUCAUGAAAUGGUAUUACUUUUUUUAUGUUUGCAAAUUUUAUGAUUUGAUUUAUGCUUUGACCAGAUUAAAUGAGCAUCUUGACAAUGAAGCUUUGCUAAAUGGCCACUGGCUACAGUCCACAGCAUUUCACCAGUUUUCUCUGAAUCACCAAACACAAAGGAAUAGAAAGGAACCCUUACGUAGCCUACUACAAUCACAAAUGAACCUGGGCUGCCAGAGCCUUAACCUGCAGAUAGAGGAGACAUGCAAGUUUUUCUCAUUUUCAUCAUAUGGACAGGCCAUGUCUCACAUGAAAGCUCAAAACCUCCAGCAUUCACUCACUGAGCUGCAGAGGCUGCACUAGCACUCAUUCAUGAUGGCUGCAGGUGUAGGGGUUAAAUAGUGAAGAUUCAGAUCAGUGAAAGUGCUUUUUUAGGUUUAGACCUACUGGAUUUUAGCAUUGAAACUGGCAACCCAAAUGAGACUCAUGUGAAAUUCAUUCUGUUUACUUAUUCGAUAAUCAUCAUGAGAACCAAAAUGUUAAAUUAUAACAACAAUAUAUGAGGCAUGUGCAAUGCUUUAUAAUUAAUAAAAAAAAAAAAAAAACUGUAUUACAAUUGUUAUCAGUAAAAGCUAUAUUUGAGAACAUAUACCUUGCUGCUGAGUACACAAGCAGGUCACGUUUAUGAAAUGUAAAAUAAAAAUCUUGCAUUAAGUUCCUUUUAAGAGUUUGCAUAAGAAUAAGUAAUCCAGAGGCUCUGAAGUGAAGAUGACUGCUUGCAUUGUAACAUCUAUGACCACUCUGUGCCAUACAGUGUUCAAGGUUGUGAUUGUUUCCACUUUAUUUUGUUGCAAAUGUGUAAAUAUUUGGAUUGUGACCAGUUGUAAAUAUGUAACUCAAUAAAUGUGCAUCUUUGUUAACAUCAA